AUGAGCGGCGCCAAGCAGUUCAAAGUUGCCAUCGUGGGCGGGGGUAUCGGCGGCCUCACGCUGGCAGUCGGGCUGCUCCGACGCGGCGUCCAGGUCCAGGUCUACGAGGCGGCGGCGGCCCUGGGUGAGACGGGGCUGGGUCUAUCCAUCGGCCCGGCGGCGCAACGAAUCUUGCCGCUCAUCGACGCCCGGAUCCGCGAGGCCUUCGACUCACUCGUAACGACGCACGCCGACAGCCCCGGUUUCGAGCGUUUCCGCCAAACGUGGUUCGAGUUCGUCUGGGCCUCGGGCACCCGGGCCGGCGAGGUGCUCCUGGAUCUUGAGUCCCCGCCAACGGGCCAGACAACGCUACGUCGCACCGACCUACUUGACGCUCUCAUCAGUCUCCUGCCGCCCGAAUCGGUCCGCCUGGGAAAGCGCCUGCGCACUGUCGAAGAGACGCCCGGUGCCGGUCCCCGCUUGUUGUUCCAGGACGGCUCCUCGGUCACGGCAGACAUCGUCGUCGGCUGCGACGGCAUACACUCCUGCGUCAGGCCGGCGGUGCUGCCGCAUGACGAGGCGCUGCGCUGCCGCCCGCGCUACAGCGGCAUGUACGCCUACCGGGCUGUCCUCGACAUGCAGACGGCUAUCCGGGCCGUGGGGGAGCGUCGCGCCCGAGUUGCAACUCUGUACAUCGGCAAGGGCGCCUAUGCUCUCACCUAUCCCGUCAUGCGGGCCCAGAAGGUCAAUACCGGCCUCUACACGUACGGCAAAACCUGGAAGGACGACGACGCCUGGAUCCGUCCUGUCAGCAGGGCCGUCAUGGAGCGUGACUUUGCCCACAUGGGGCCUCUCGUCAACGCCCUGAUCAAGUACAUGCCCGACACGUCGCAAUGGGCCAUCUUCGAGCUCGACCACGUCUCCACUGUCUGCAAGUCCCGGGUGGCCAUCAUGGGAGACGCCGCGCACGCCUCGACUCCGCAUCAGGGUGUCGGGGCCGGCCAGGCCAUCGAGGACGCGCACGUCCUGACCGAGCUCCUGUCGGACCCGUCCGUCACGACCCCGGCCCACGCCGAGGCCGCCCUGCGCGCCUACGAUGCAGUGCGUCUGCCACGAGCCCAGCGCGCCGCGUCGACCAGCAAAGAAAACGCGGAGCUGCUGUGCCUGUGCCGCGAGGGCGUGGGCGACGACGGCGCCAAGCUCACUCAGGAAUGGCGACAGCGGUUUCGCUGGCUGUGGGACAUUGACGUGCAGCAGCAGGUGCAAGAUGCGCGCGGCGUGAUGCUUGAAAUACUUGCGGCUGCGGACUUUGACGGCUUGCCUUGUGGCGAGGCCCCUCGCGCUAUUUGA